UGAGAAGUAGGCGGUGACUGAACAACAAGCCGAGAAGAGGAGAAGGAGGAGGAGAAGGGAAAAAAAAAGGAGGAGGAAGGGGAAAAGCAGACCAUAGAUUUUUUUCCCUCGGCCUAGAGCGGCCCUUCAAGCACAAGGGAGAGGAGGGCGGGCGGGGACCACCCAGAACUAGCCGCCGGCGGUAUCAUGGCGUCCCGGAACCCCCCUCCCCAAGAAUAUGAAAGUGAUGACGACUCUUACGAAGUGUUGGAUUUAACAGAGUAUGCAAGAAGACAUCACUGGUGGAAUCGAGUGUUUGGCCACCGAUCAGGACCUAUGGUAGAAAAAUACUCAGUAGCUACCCAGAUUGUAAUGGGUGGUGUGACUGGCUGGUGUGCAGGAUUUUUGUUCCAGAAAGUUGGAAAACUUGCAGCAACAGCAGUAGGUGGUGGCUUUCUUCUCCUACAGAUUGCCAGUCACAGUGGCUAUGUUCAGAUCGACUGGAAGAGAGUUGAAAAAGAUGUAAACAAAGCAAAAAGACAAAUUAAGAAACGAGCAAAUAAAGCAGCGCCUGAAAUCAACAAUGUAAUCGAAGAAGCAACAGAAUUUAUCAAACAGAACAUUGUGAUAUCCAGUGGAUUCGUGGGAGGAUUUUUGCUUGGCCUUGCAUCUUAAGGACAUGGAUGAUCCUUCCUAGUGGAUCCAAAUGUGAGAAGAGAGUGGCAGCAGGUUAACCUCUUAGCAGUACAUGCCACCAGAGUCUCCGGAGCAAGGAGAAACAACUUGCUGGACAGUCCCAAAUUCGCAACUUAUCAUUUUGCCAUCUGAAGCUUGGCAAACGAGUAUCUGCUGUCAAACAACCUGUGUGGUAUUUGAAUAAUAGUAUUCUUGAGCAAAACAUGGCUUUUGGCAUUUUAAAAAAAUUUGCAUCUGUUUAGAAACUACCCAGUAAGAUACCACUGUUAAGAUAUGGAUAUGAGAAAAAAAUCUGUUGAGUCUAUCUCCCAGUGAAAUACCCUGUUUUAUUUAAAUAAGAUGUUCUUUGUGCUUUACAGUAUAGUGCCAAUAGUUAAAGUUUGUCUGAUAACUUCAGUAGUAGGGCUGACUUUUCUUUAAGAUAUAUUUGCAGUAAAUUUGAAGAGCUAUAAUGCCCUUUUGUGGAAGGCAUUAGAAAUAAUAGAAUUAUUAAAGAUUUUAAAUAGAUUCUACUGAGGUAAUACCAGUCCUUAGUUUGUUUUCUCCUUGCAUUUCUUCCCUGCACUACUUUACAAAAAGGCUCUUCUAAGGAAAUACUACAACAUGUCUAGAGCUCUUUUUCCUUUUUUGACGUCUGUAGUUUUAAAAAUAUCUUCUCGUAUGUUACCUUCUAAUUUUUGUAUUUGUUUAUCCUGGCAGCCUGGGCAGAACUAAUUUUGGGCAUUCAUACAGUUGGGUCAUUGAUUCAUUAUAUUAGCUCUGAAAAUACUUCUUUUUUUGUUUCUAAAAAUCCUAAUUAUUAUUUUGCCCUCUUGUUACUGUCUGAACAAUUGACUUCCUAUGUAAUCGUGAAAUUGUACCUAAAAGAGACUGUUUCCUUGACCAAGUGUAAGAAAAGUACUGUGGCUUCCCGACUUUGGGUAGCAUUAUGUUUCUAGCCCCACUUAACUAUUUUCCAGGGCCACCAUCAUACCCUGUCAGUCUCUUUUAUCCCCCAAACCUUUCCAGAUUGUUAAUUUUGACCAUGGAAUUCUAGAUUGAAAUUGAGAAAAACAGCAGAACAAUGCAGAUUGGAGUUUUCAGAUUGGAAAGACUACUGUGUUAAGACCAUCUUCAUUUGCUAGGGAGUCUCCAUAGUUCAUAUGCUGUGCAUGUUAUAAACAUGUGACAUUUCAUACUUUGAAGACUGGUUACAGGCUUUGUGUUUUCAUUUUCCUGAGCCUCCUUAAAAUUGAAUGUGGAUUCCAUCUUUAAUUUCUUCUUUUGUUCUCAUUAGUGCCUCAGAUAUAAUGCUAAAUAAAACUCAGACUUUCUUAAUA